AUGGACCAGCGCGAAAAACGAAAGCUGGAUGACUCGGCCACUGACGGGCAUAGCACCGCCACUGACAAACGCCCCAGGGUGAUUGGCCCCUCACUACCCCCACCAUCAGACGCCCCGACGGCGCAAGACGACAGCGCCUCCAACUCCGACUCAGAGAGCAGUGAUAACGAUGACUUCGGACCCGGCCUGCCGCCACCAGAAGGUUCGGGCCCUGCGGCAGCCGAAACCAGCAGCUACGGUCCAACCAUCCCCGCGUCGUCGUCAACCGAGCAGCCAGAUGACGCAGGGAAUGCGGCCUCCCGGCGCGACGACUGGAUGCUUCAACCGCCUGACGACUCGAGCUGGGCGACGCGAGUCGACCCGACGAAGCUCCGGAACCGGAAGUUCCAGAGCGGGAAGCCUGGCUCGAGUCGUCCUUCUGCGCCGGGCGGCGGGGUGGAUGCCUCGUGGACGGAAACGCCAGAGCAGAAGAUGAGACGGCUGCAGGACGAGGUGCUGGGUGUUUCGACGGCGCCGGCGGGGUCGGGGCCGAGGAAGGAGGAUGAGGGGGAUUCGAAGAGGUCGAAGGUGAUGUCGGAGAGGGUUGAGAAGUUCAAUGAAGCGCGACGGAAAGAGAAGGCCGCGGAGGGGGCGGCGCGCAAGGAGAAGAAGAAAGAAGAGGACGAUGAUCCUAGUCAACGAGCCUUUGACAAGGAGAAGGAUAUGUCGCUGGGAUCUAAGAUUAGUGCGUCGCAGCGGAGGGAGAUGAUUGAUAAAGCGUCAGAUUUCGGGUCCAGGUUUACGAAGGGGAAGUAUCUUUGA